AUGGCCGAGGCAAUCGAUCAGUCACCUCCCCCGGAUCUUUUGGAUCGAUCCGACCUUUCGUCUCCCCAGAACACUCCUCAUAUCAAGAUCGAGAGUGUUGAUAUGGAAAUUCAAGAUGAUCCGCAGGCGACAGACCCGGUCAAGGAAUCCAAAAAGCGGAAGGUAGAAGAUGCUCCUACCUCAUCUUCCUCGGACCCAAAACAAGAGAAGCUAAAACACCUUCUGAUAUUCUUUUCAGACAAAGUUGAACGUCGGCAGGGUCUUAAGGUUGAGAACAUGAAGUUGAAUACAACCAUGUGCCCAAGUCAGAGCAAGAUGAGUUCGACAAGUCUGUCCACUGUAUAA